AUGCAUGAGAGAGAUUCUCCAAGUGUCUCAUGCGUCCAAGGGAUAGCUGAGGAGAAAGCUCCGUCUCUCUCUGUGUCAAAAUUAAAAGCGCCACCGGCCAGGACUUCCAGCCCACGCUUUGACAACCAGCGGGCGGGUGUGUCGCACAUAGCCCUUCUUCCUCUGCGCGACUAUCUCUCCGCCCAAACCAAUGGACGGAUAACGGGGUUGCGAAAGGUAGGGCGGCUGAGACCUCUAGGCGCGCGAGAGAAAAGCUCUUCACUGGAUAACACUCCGCUGUGCCUCUGCGCUACAGUGGGGGAGGGCCGGUGGCCAGUGCAUCCAUUGAUCGUGCGGCUCAGCCACGGUAGCUAUCUACUUUGCAGAGUCUACGCAUUCUAG